UUGAAUAUUAUAUUACAUAUUGCAUUACGUCCUAAAGUAUGCUUGCGGGGUACAAAAAGAUGUUUUUUUGCGAGAAUCGAUUGUGUAGUCGCUGUGACUUUAUAUGUUUUCUCAAUGACUGCUCCACCAACGGCUUAUAGCGUAAAGCAUGUACGCGUAAGAGUAGAAUGUAUCAAAUUGCACUAAGGCUUAUGGCAGGGCACCGCCAGAUAUUCUCUAGCAUAGUCGUCGGUGUCUGCUAUUCGAUCGUUCGAGACGACAAGGUGAAACAUAACGGUCACUAUGAAGACAAUUAGUUUUUCUUAUAAGGGGCUCAUUGUUCCUGUUUUUACACCUAUCAACAAUAAUGAGAGUCGCAGUCUGAACCUAUCGAUCGUUCCGGAUUAUGCUAGAUAUUUAAAAUCUAAAAAAAUCAAUGGCAUAUUAGUUAAUGGUAGUACUGGAGAAGGAACAAGUUUAACAGUGGAGGAAAGAAAAAGUAUUACAGAAGCUUGGGCUAGCACUGUAAAAGAAACCAGUCAACAUUUGAUGGUACAAGUUGGAGGAGCACCUUUGAAAGAUGUUGAACAACUCGCAACUCACGCAGAAAAUAUCGGCGCUGAUUCAAUUUUAUGUUUGCCUGAAUUAUAUUUCAAACCGACAACGGUAUGCGAAUUAACUGAAUAUUUGCGAUUGGUUGGAGAAUCUGCUCCAAAAACACCACUAUUCUAUUACGAUUUUCCAAAAGCUUCGAACGUUAAUGUUGACAUGGGACAGCUAUUGAAAUCUGCAAGUGGUAAAAUACCCACUUUUGCUGGAAUUAAAACUGAUUUAGAACGAGCUGUACAUGCAAAACAAGUUAACGAUAAUUACAAUUUGUUUCUUGCUGGAGACAUGAUGAUGCUCAGUGGAUGUGCCGUAGGAAUGGAAUCGUAUAUCAUGACGACACUUAACUUUCUGCAAGAGCCAGCUCUUGAACUUAUUGAAUUUGGUAAAGGCAAUGUUGACUUAACUAGUGCUCGAAAAAGUCAAGAAUAUAUCAAUAAAGUCAUAAAUGAAAUAACUCGAUAUGGCUCAUGGGUUUCAACUAUGAAAAUUGCAAUGAGCAUUACUACAGAUUUAUUUAUGGGUCCUCCGCGAGCUCCAUUAAAACUUCUUUCUCAAGAAAGUAUUGAAGCCAUGAACAAAGGACUAACUAAUCUUGGAAUAGAAACGAAUAAGACUGCGCUAUUAAAAAUGUUAUAAUUUUACAUUCAUUAUUUUCAUCAAUAACUCAUCAUACAUCGUUGUAUCAACUUAUCUUAUAAAUAUAGAAUUCUGUAUUACACAUCAUAUUAUGCACAUAUACUAUCAAUGAGCUUUGUCAUCCUUACUUAUUCCUUAUUUAUUCAACAUUGUUGAUUGUCAUUAUACAAUUAACUGGUUAUUCUUAGGAAACCAGUGGCAACAAAUUUUCGAAAUAUAUGUUUUUCAUAGUUAAAAAGUAUACUGUAUAAUUGUAAAAAAAUAUAUAUUAUCUUUCAUUCUAUUUUGUGUCGAUUGUAGUUGAAAAACAAUAUUCCAAUUUUUAUUUUUAUUAGACGAUACUAUUAUGCUUUCCUUACUGAGCCUAAUCAAAGAUCUUAACUAGUUAUAAAAAUCAAUGACUCUUAUUCAGACAUUUGUAUUGUGACAGCUCAAUCCACUCUGCCCUUUCUUUUCAAAUUAAAAAAACAUAAUUGCUAAAAUAACAAAUGCCAGUAAUGCAAUAGCUUCAAUACGUUCUAAUAAAUGAGAGAAAUGCAAAUAGAAUGUCUCAUACUAAACUUUACUUUUUAAUGCUUUUUAAUGAUAAUAAUUACCUAUUUUCUGAUAAAAUAGAAUUUAUAUACAAGCUUGUGAAAAGUUUGUACAUACACCUAUAAAAGAGAUGAUAAGUUUACAUUACUCACACAAGACAGACACAAAAAAGGUGGUCUAUAUCAAAAACGACAUACAUAUAUUCCCAUAUAUUUUGCCAAGCUAAAUCCGAAUCCGCAGUCAAUUUGAUCACAUCAGGAUCAUUUUCAUACAACUAUUUACAUUCAAACAAUUGCCUGAUUUCACAAAGGCAUACUUUUCUAUUUUUGAAAUCGCUAUACUGAUUCUCAAAAUAUUAACAAUCAAUGACCUAGAAAUGAUAUACAAAGUCGUGAUAAAAAAAAAUUAAAAAUAUUAUACUUGAAUAUAACAUUUUCCGUACUUUCAGA